CGAUGCCAUCCUCUGUGACGACAAGCAUAAUGCCAUGUUUGAUGAACUUGUCGAAAAGUUUGAAGUCGAAUACAUUCCUGGAGGUGCGACUCAAAAUGCCGUGCGUGUUUGCCAGUGGAUCCUCAACAAACCGAACCGUGCUGCAUUCUUCGGUGCAAUCGGCAACGACAAAUAUGGUGAUAUGUUGAGAUCCAAAGCUAAAGAAGCCGGCGUCAGUGCUCAAUACCAGAUCAAUGAGUCUGUGAAGACCGGUACAUGUGCGGCACUCAUCCAUAAUCAGCAUAGGUCGUUGUGUGCUCAUUUGGCUGCUGCGAACACCUUCACUAUCGAGCACAUGCUGAAACCAGAAAAUGCAAAAAUUAUCGAGAAUGCAAAGUACUUCUACAUUGCUGGUUUCUUCCUCACCGUCUCUCCUCCAUCUAUCAUGCACGUGGCUGAGCAUUCCUUCAAGCAUGACAAGGUAUUAAUGAAUGUUUUAUAUGGUGUUACAAGGUGCCUCAAAUCUUCAUGUUCAAAUCUGGCUGCUCCCUUCAUUUCUCAAUUCUUCUUUGAGCCACUCAAGGCAGUCAUGCCAUAUGUGGAUGUUCUUUUUGGCAAUGAAGACGAAGCGGCAGCCUUUGGAAAAGCAGCAGGAUUUGAUACCACCGAUUUGAAGGAGAUCGCUUUGAAGACAGCGGCAAUGGAGAAGGUGUGA